UCAUUUCAUAACCCAUUUACUCCUCCAUUACCCUACCACAUGUCACUCCUUCAUUGGCUCAACUCUCCCUCCCUCCAUCUCUUUCAUGCAACCAGCACAUAACCUGAACAAGACGGAAAACAAUUCUCCAGGGAGGAGGGGAAAGGAAAAUGUUUUUUAACAGAGAAAGUUUUAGUUUUUAGUUUGUAGAUAGAUGGCUAGAUACAUGCAAAACAUGAAACAGAAACCUCAUAUACUCAAAUACUUUCUUCUCUUCCUUUUCCUUUCCUUUCCUCUCUUUCUCUUCUUCUUCAUUCUAAAAACAACCACCAACCCACCACCGCAAAACCCUCCCUCUGCCAUCAAGGACCUCAGAAUCCGACCAGGAUACACCUCCUAUGAUUCCUACAUACAGCAUCAACUCAACAAGACCCUUAAUCCUAAACUACGAAAAAUAUGGACGACCAGAGAUUGGGACCGUAAAAUCCAAGUCUUUGCGAGUUUCUUUCAAUAUUUUAAGCAAAGAAACCUCCUUUCCAAUGAUUCCAAGGCGUUGUGUAUUGGUGCCAGGGUUGGCCAGGAGGUGAAGGCUCUUAGACGUAUCGGCGUUGCUGACUCCGUUGGUAUUGACUUGGUGCCCUUCCCGCCGCUGGUGAUAAAGGGUGAUUUCCAUCACCAGCCGUUCGAUGAUGAGACUUUUGAUUUUGAGUUCUCUAAUGUGUUCGAUCAUGCGUUGUAUCCGGACAAGUUCGUUGCCGAGAUUGAACGGACGUUGAAGCCCGGUGGAAUAUGCGUGCUACACGUGGCUAUUUCUAGACGAGCUGAUAAGUACUCGGCGAAUGAUUUGUACAAUACAAAGCCGUUGUUGGAGAUGUUCAAGAACUCGGAGGUUGUUCAUGUCCGGAAAGUUGACGGCUUCGGAUUGGACACAGAGAUGGUUUUUCGAAAGAAGAAGAUGAAAGAGAAGGAGAAGGUGAUCCAACGGUCCUGAUUUUAUUUUUUUGUUUUUUUCCCACAAUAUUUCUUUUUUCUUUCUUUCAUACAUCCGCACUUUCUUCUUCUUUUUUCCUUCUGCAUUACUCUAGACUUGUGUAUUGGUUUGUUCAUAUUUACUCUAGACUUUCGUA